GUGGUCCAGUGCCAUUGCCAUAUACCAUGUUACCAGCAACCAUUGACUUCACUCCGACGACAAAGGUGUACGCUGUUGUUGGUCCCUUUCCCUGAAGGUGAAUCCGUGGAGAGAGAGAGUGGGAGUCACUUCUCUCCUGUGUUGUGUAUACAGCUAGCUAGGUUACUUCCGCCUAUGUGUGUGUUUGUUAAGCAUAUCCACACCAGCUUUUAUCCUCGAAGUUUAAUUUGAUAGUAUUUUUCGAGUCGAGAGAGAGAGAGAGAGAGAGAGAGGAACAGAGUUAUAGUUCAGGAGGAUCCAAGCAGCUGACUUGUUUUUUCCAACUACUAGUCUUUCAGAGAGAGAGAGAUGUCGAGCAUGGUUAAUUACCUGCAGGGUUUGUUUGAUGUGGAUCAAGAGAUGGGCUCGCAAAUGGGUUUCGUGUCGUUUCCUCCAAACAUGACGAUGCCUCCAUUGGUACUGCCAGGCGGGUGCCAUCAAUCUCUGAUAACCCUAACAGCCAUGCCCUCUUUGCUUGCAGCAGAUCAUCAUGCACCAUCAUCCAAUCCCGCCGGAAACAUUCUCCUCUCUUCUGCAACACUUCUAAAGCAAAGAGCAGAAGAAGACCUGGCUUCUUAUCAUCAUCUACCCGCCGGACCACCCAAACUUUCCUCGCAAAAAUCUACUGGGGCAAAUCUCUGGGCCUGGGGAGAAAUGAACGAGUGCAUGAUGAGCAAUAAGAGAAUUAGCAACGGUGGAGAUGAUCGCCUGGGACUUUCAGCAUUGAAGAUGAAGAAGUUGAAGGGCAGGAGAAAGGUGAGGGAACCAAGAUUUUGCUUCAAAACCAUGAGUGAUGUGGAUGUGCUGGAUGAUGGUUACAAAUGGAGGAAAUAUGGCCAGAAAGUGGUGAAGAACACUCAACAUCCCAGGAGCUAUUACCGUUGCACGCAAGACAACUGCCGCGUGAAGAAGCGGGUGGAGAGACUGGCAGAGGAUCCAAGAAUGGUGAUAACAACGUACGAAGGGAGACACGUACACUACCCAUCAAACGAUAACGACGACGAUGACAACUCACAGGCUUCUAAUUCCCAACUAAUCAACACUUUCUGCUGGUAGUACUAAGUAGCUAGCUAUAUAUGAGGUUGGUUGGCUAUAUGCCCAUUAGCUAGCUGGCUAGCUAGCUGUAACUGUAGCUGGGCUUGCUGCAUGGAUGCAUGUAAUGCCUAGACACUCUGGAAAUAAGUCCUUAAUGUGUGUAAAAAUUAAUGUAAAUGUCCUCCCCCACUUCCUCCG